AUGGCCGACCUCACCAAAGUUCCUUCGUUCCAAUACCCCGCGGCGCACAUCGGUCAUCUCAAUGCUCAACAACAAGCUUCAUUAACUGCGUUCAAAGUUCUAUGCGAAGAGAAAGGCUACUACAAACCGAAAGGCGAGGAUGGCAAGGGAGAGCCCAGCCACGACGAUGAGACCUUACUGCGAUACCUGCGUGCGCGAAAGUUCAACGCACAAGAAGCGUAUGGGCAGUUUAAAGACACAGAGGACUGGAGAAAAGAGAAUAACCUUGAGGAACUUUACGAGCGUAUCAAUGUCGGCGAAUAUGAGGCUACGCGCAAGCUAUAUCCCCAGUGGACCGGCCGUCGUGACCGAAGAGGCAUACCUGUGUAUGUGUACGAGGUCGCACCUUUGAAUCAGAAAACCCUCACCGCAUACGAAGAGAACACCGCUAAAUACCCACCUCCGAUCAAUUUCAACGCCACCAAAGUUCCCACGAAGAUGCUCCGUCUCUUUGCUCUCUAUGAGAAUAUGAUCACGUUCAUCCUUCCGCUAUGUACGGCCAUCAAAGGGCGCGACCACCCUGAGACGCCCAUCAGCCAGAGCAACAACAUAGUUGAUAUCUCCAAAGUCGGGCUAAAGCAGUUUUGGAAUCUGAAGGCGCAUAUGCAAGAUGCAAGUACGUUGGCUACUGCACAUUAUCCGGAGACAUUGGAUAGGAUAUUUAUUAUUGGUGCUCCCGCAUUUUUCCCCACUGUGUGGGGUUGGAUAAAACGGUGGUUCGACCCGAUCACUGUGUCUAAGAUCUUCAUUCUAGGCGCAAAUGACGUGAAACCAACACUGGAGCGAUACAUCGACCCGGCAAACAUUCCAAAGAAGUAUGGCGGGCAACUCGACUAUGAGUUUGGUCAGAUGCCCAACAUCGAGCCAGACAUCGCAGAGGCGUUGGUAUGGGAAAGCUCAGCGGACGAGAACGGACGGAGAACAUUCCCAACGGGGCCUAUUAAGUGGAUCCCAAACGAGAAGGGGGAGACGGAAGCUGUUGCUGUUGGGACGGAGGAUGGCAAACUUAGACGUAGAGUUGUAGCGAAGCUCGCUCCUGGUCAUACUUUCAAGGGCUUCGAGGACACACCUAGUAGACCGAUUGGACGCAAAACGCUCGAACGCUUUGAGACCGGAAACUCUACUCACCCGACCACUGAGGGCACACCUCUCGACACUGAGCCGUCGUCUUCAUCCUCGCCAGGAGCAUCCACUCCGGCUCAAAAUAAGGAAGCCCUCGGUGCACGGAUUGGCACGUCUGAGACUCGUUUCGAGCAGCAGGAGCCAACUCACGCUGCCGGACAGGGCGCUGAAGGUACUCCUGCCGUUAACCACCAUGGAGACGGCGACAAGACUGUUUCUAUGGAACCAGGUACGGUUGGUCAGGCACCAAAGGACGUAUCACAACCUCUCGGAGCACAGGACACGACGCAGCCUGGUUACGUAGAUCAAGCAAAGUCAGUGGCGAACCAGGCGUAUGAGGGCGCAUCCGCUGCCGCUGGCAUGCUUGCUGGGGCGGUCGGCCUUGGGGCGGCAGACAAGGAUAAGGAAAUACAGCCUCAGACUAAAAGAGAAGACCCUCGAGUUGAUGCUGCAGAAGACAAAGACGUAGAAGAGUAUCUGCGAAGUAAAACGCAAGUAGAGACAGGAGGGGAGACUAAGUCAUAG